AGAUGCAUCAGGACAAUCUAACAUAUUCUGAUCUUGUUUAGUUUAUGGGUCUAAAAACAAGAUGAAAAUCUUUUUAUCUGAUAUCAGACGGUAAAACCUGGUCAGAGGAACAGUUUUCUGCAGUAAAAUGACUCUACUGCUCAGAAACAUUAACAGAUUAAAUAAUCUUCACUUUAAACCUGAUCAGGUUAGUUUCAGAGCACUUGUUACCAUGGAAACAUACGCAACCAAUGCAACCGAUUCAAGGCUUAAUUAAUUCAGGUUUACACCAAAAUCCCGGGUUAAUCCCUUCUCCUAGUUUCGUGCAGCAGCCACAGGUCUGACCUGCAGCAGGUGGAGGACUGGGAGUGUCGCCGUGUGACGCAGCUCCAGUCACUUCCUGCCACACAGAACUGUGGGAAGUCUCUGCUAAAGGAAAAGCAUGUCUCAGAAGGACAGUAAAUACGUAUUUCAACACUCUUGGACUUUGAAAGGUCUCCCACUCAGAAAUCAUGAAGGGGUCUGAAGUUUUCAUCUUGGUUCAUGUUUACUGUGAGACAUAAUCUAAAAAAAUCUGGAAAUCACAAUGUAUGAAUUUUAAAUAAUGUGUCUGUAAUAAUUACACUAAUAAUUUAUUUGCUGGGCAGCAGCAGUUGGGUUCUGUUUAAUUAAUCCUAACUUGAUGGAACCUGUUCAGAAACAGGAAGUGCAGCAGGUUCACUUCCUGUUCCCCAUUAAAUGAUGAUUGUUUAUUUAAUGAUUUAGAUUCUUUUUUUUUUUGAUCAACUGUGUUUUGUUUUCCUUUGCUUCCUUCAGUUCAUUCAGCUUGUCUGUUCCUGUAAAGCUCUUUAUAAAUAAAGUUUCACUGGAUUGAAUGGAGUCUGGUAAUCUGUCAGAUUAGCCUUUAGCAGAUUAGCUUUAUCUUCUGUUGAUCCAGUUUCAGUCAACAUGUUGGACAGAAGGAACGUGCUUCAGCUCUCAGUUCUGCUGUUUGGAUCGGUUCUGUUGGUCUCAGCCUUUGUGGAGGAACUCGAUGACUCGUUCCUGGAGAGCAGGGAUCCAGAUGAUAUCUGGCUCAUUGAGUUCUACACCCCCUGGUGUUCCUUCUGCAGACAUCUGGAUCCUGUUUGGCAUCAGAUCGGAUCAGAACUCAGGAGUUUUGGGUCUCCUGUUCGAGUUGGCAAAUCAGAUGCUACCGUCAGCACCGCUUUGGCCAAAGAGUUUCGAGUCAGGAAUUAUCCUGCCAUCCUCAUGUUCAAGAACCAGGUGAAGUACAACUAUGCAGGAUCCAGAACCAAAGAUGGAAUCAUGGCAUUCUCUGACCGGGUUUCAGGGCCGCUGGUUCGAUCCCUGAGCAGUGUGCAGCUUUUCCAACACACCAUGAACCGCCAUGAUGUCAUGUUUGUUUAUGUUGGGGCAAAGUCUGAGCUCAAGGGAAACUACACAACAGCAGCUGAGGAACUCAUCGUCCACACCUUCUUCUUCUCUGCCACCAGAGACGUCCUGCCCAAGGCUGUGACUUUGCCCUCUCUGCCUGCUGUUAUGGUUUUUAAAGACGGGACGUACUUUUUCUACAACGAGGAACGUGACGGUGACCUCAAGUCUUGGAUUAAUCGAGAACGCUUCCCAAAUUUCCUUGAGAUUGAUGGCUACACUCUGUACGCCAUGGGAGAGUCAGGUAAACUGGUGUUGCUGGCCCUGGUGGAGGAGACACACCUGUGUGAUGAAAGCCUCAGGUAUAAAAAUAUGGUGGAGAAGGUGGCCACAGAGCACAAAGAGAUGCAUGGCAGGAACUUCUACUUUGGCUUCAUGCAAGGCAGUAAUUACAUCAGUGGACUCAUCAUGGGGGAUGUCAUUGUGCCAUCCUUCAUUGUGGUUAAUCUAUCCAAUGAUGGGUACUUCCUGCCCCAGAGACACGUGGAGACGGAACACCACCUGCUGGACUUCCUGGAAGGGGUUCUGAACGGCAGUGUAGAGAGCCUGGGAGGAAAUGGAUUCAGUCAGCGCAUCAGACGUGCCGUGUAUGAAACCAAACUCACGCUGGUGCCAUUGUUCAGAGACGCUCCAGGACUCGGCUGCUUUCUGCUUGGCUUCCCGCUCUCCAUCGGCACCAUUUUCUGUUACCUCUGCAUCAAAAACCGUCCCACUCAGACUGACGAUGAGGACAAGUCACCUCAGCGCCGCAAAAAACCCAGAGACAAGAAGACGGACUGAGGAGUGCAGGCAGGAGGACUGCACUGAUCCACCACAGUGAUGGGAUCCAGGCGUGGAUUUUAUUAGAACCCUUUGUUAGAACAUGAAGGAAAUAAUGACCCCAAUAUGAAGAUGUUGCUUUUCUUUUGGUUUUAAAUAAAGAUAUAAAACAUUUC